GGGCGCUUGGCCCCCCCCUCCCCCCUCCGGCGGACGACGACACGUAUGUGCACGCAGUAGUGCGCGCGAGAAUUGGAGGAGGGUAGCUUUCGCGCGCUUAACUCCCGCGCGCAAGAUAGCUUGGGCCCUGCUGUCUGGUACCGCUGUUGCUGUACUACUGCUCGCGCGCCCUGCACUUGAAUCUGUAGGGCCUUGCUGGGACGCGCCCGAAAGACCUUGGACGCGUGCCAAAGCCAUCCACGAGGCUCCGAGGAUCACCCGGUUAUUGGGGCCUGGAUGAAGACGAGAGUUGGAGUUUAACGCGGGAAAUAAAUAGAAAAGAACAAAAUAUCUAAGGAGAAAGAGAGGGCACGAGAGUAAAGAGAGAAAGAGCAAAGCAUAGCGCGCGAGAAGUUGCCGCUAAACUACUCGUAAGCACAUAUAUAUAUACUCUCUUUACUAUGCUGGCUGGCACUCUUUUCCUACGUGCUCUACGUUAAACCGCGCUCCAAGAAGUUGGCCCGUAAUCUCUCGACAAGAGAAUAGCCAUCCGACCAAGUCUUCCAGUAGACGAGCUUCCUGGUGAUCUGGAGGCCUUUUGAGAUUGAUUUGGAGCAGCGAGGAUAGCCGGGAAACUAAUCCGAGGUGAAGAGCAGAGCUUUAAGAUGCCUAAACCCAGCAGAAAAGGCAGAGGUAGGCAAACCAAGCUCCAAGUACAAAACAAUAAAACAGUCACUCUAAGACGUAAGAGAAAAGCUAGCAGUGAGAAGACAGAUGAUUUGCAGAAUCACCCUCCUAAUAAAGUACAGGUAGUCACCUCCAAUGACUCAGAUAACAUUACCUCUGUUAACACAACCACAAUCACAACCAAUUGUGACUUGGCAAGUCCCACCAGUGUACCAUAUACUCCAAAGCCCUCGAUUCCACCUCUGGACUUUGAACCAGCAAUAUGGUCGGAAAUGCGAACAGCCACAUGUUUCUUAACACCCUCGACUCAUAAUGAAAACAAAAGGUGUCCACUACCAAACUUGGAUUGGGCUGAUCCAGACGAACUUUGGCAGCUUAUGUUACAGAAAGAUCAAGAGACGUUGCUUAACAGGGACUCACAAUGUUUUAGUAAGCAUCCGACGUUACAGCCAAGGAUGAGGGCGAUUCUGCUGGAUUGGCUCAUCGAGGUCUGCGAAGUUUACAAACUACACAGAGAAACUUAUUACAGAGCCAUGGACUUUAUUGAUAGGUAUCUAUCUCGUCAAAGUAAUUUACCCAAGAAUCAGCUGCAGCUUGUCGGCGUUACUUGUCUGUUUAUUGCUGCUAAGUUUGAAGAAAUAUACCCACCAAAGAUAUCAGAGUUUGCAUACGUGACAGACGCAGCUUGCACAGAACAAGAAAUUCUGGCAAAGGAGCGAAUCAUAUUGAAGGAUCUCGAGUGGAAACUAGAAAGCCUAAUACCACCAACGUGGCUCAGCAUAUUUAUGCAGACUGAAUGUGGCGACAUGACCAACCCCAAUACUUUCAUCUAUCCUCAGUUUGAAGGUCUGCAGUAUUCUCAAGCCUCCCAGCUUGUUGACUUAGCGACACUGGAUGAGGGCAGUCUUAAGUUCUCGUAUCGCAUGCUGGCAGUCUCCGCUAUUUCUCACACAAUGGGCAGAGAAACAGCACUGCGAGUUUCUCGUAUGACUUGGGAACAGCUUGCCCCGUGCGCUCAGUGGAUGAGCACUUUCGCCGUCACUGUUUCCGAGGAGAGUGCCCAGCGUCAGCUUCGCAGUAGUGCUCCGAUAAUUGAUAACAACAAUGCAGCCUCGGGCCUGCGAGCUAGCGUGCCCAACAUCAACAUCGACCAGUCGCACAGAAUCCAGUCCCAUACAGUCGAUCUCGAGAUGCUCGAACUCUCCCAGCAGCGCCAAAGCAUGAUCCUAGCCGAUUGCCUAGAACUGGAAGGUAUACUCGACUCAGAAGCCAGUAGUCCGGCAGAAAUUCAGGAACAAAGCGACUUGCUCACUCCACCGUCUAGCAUACAAAAAAACCCAUCCACAUCGCCAAGGCUGCCUGAUCAGAACGAGCCUUAUACGUAGGAGUUACAUAAUUUCUCUUUAUCGUGAUUGCUCAAUGCCUUAUUAAUUUUUACGUCUACGCGCCUUCUCUCACUGUAUUUACCGGUGCCUAGUUUUAUCUUCCAAAAAUAGUGUUGGUAAAACAAAGUAACGUGUCAACAUCAGUGGUGCCGAUUUUUAUUAGUCCGGUGUGUUAGUGUGCAACGGGAAAUACUUCGCUUUUUUUUUUAACGCGACGUUGCACGAGAAGAAAUUUAUGGAUGCGAAGAGACUAUUAAUGUAGUCGGGGUGUAAGUACAUUUCAGUAAGUAGAGUAGCUUUUAAUUCGGGCUUCUUUUUGCUUAUGACUAGUCAAAAAGUAAAAAAUUAUAUUGCAGUUGCAGGUGUGUC